CUAACAUUGUGUGUCUCUCAGCCAAAAUGAUUGUGUUGGUAACAAUAGCAAUUUGUUUAUUUGAAAAUAUUAAUGCGAUCCCAAAAUUGGACGGUAAAACUGUCAUUGCUGAAACAGAACAAGGGAAAUUACGUGGUCGUAUAGAUUUUAAUUAUUGGAAUGAACCAUUUUUCAGUUUCGAAGGAGUUCAAUUUGCUCAACCACCACUUGGUGACCUGCGAUUUAAGGCACCACAAUCUCCUUUACCAUGGAAGGAAGAAAUUCGUGAUGCAACAAAGCCGGGACCUCCUUGCGUACAAUUUAAUGGCGAAGGAUCUGAGGAUUGCUUAAUUUUGAAUAUUCAUUCGAAAAUGACAAACGAACAAGAAGUUUCUAAGGAAUUACGCCCAGUAAUGGUUUGGAUACAUGGUGGAGCUUUCAAAUGGGGAUCUAUGUCCAAUGAUCUAUACGGACCUGAAUUUUUAGUUCAUGAAAACAUUGUUUUAGUAAAAAUUCAAUAUCGGUUAAAUGUUUUUGGAUUUUUAAGUUUAGAGGACGAUGAUGCCGGAGUAUCGGGUAAUGCUGGUCUUAAAGAUCAAGUUAUGGCCUUAAAAUGGGUACAAAAAAAUAUCGAAAAUUUUGGUGGUGACCCAAGUAAAGUUACAAUUUUUGGAGAAAGUGCUGGAGGAGCCUCAACACAUCUAUUAAAUUUGUCCCCUAUGACCAAAGGAUUAUUUCAUCGUGCGAUUUCACAAAGUGGCUGUGGAUUAAAUCCAUGGGUAUCUAGCAAAGAAAUUCCUAGACAAAAUUAUUUUGAAAUGAUCGGAUGUAAUAAAAAUGAUUCUAAAGGCAUAUUAGAGUGCUUACAGAAAGUUCCUGCAGCUAAAUUAAUUAAAAUAGAAAACGAAUUACUACGAAAAACGAAAGAGAACUUUUUGGUAGUAAUUGAAAAUUCUACAAAAGAAGAACAAUUUUUGCCUGCGAGUGUUGAAAAACUAAUCAAAGACGGAAAUUUUAAUCAAAUUCCAUUCAUGGCGGGAUAUGUACCACAAGAGGCAGCUUUGUUGUAUUAUUAUGGAUUUGGCACUAAGAAUGGAAGUGAUCUUUUAAAAGAAAAUCUUAUUCCAGAAAAUAGUAAUUUAGAUUUGAAUCUAGACGAAGCAAAAAAAUUGAAUGACAAGAUAAAGCAUUUGUAUUUUAAAAGUAAAAAUAUUACAGAAGAAAUUUUGGAAGGUUAUCUAAACUAUCUAACAGAUUAUCUAAUUACGGAAAGAUUGUAUACAGCUACUAAGUGGCAUGCAUUAAAAUCUACGGCACCUGUGUACUAUUAUAAAUUUAACUAUGAUACAAGUUUAAAUUUACGUCUUAAAAUGUUUCCGCAAAAUUAUGUCACUCAUGAAGAUGAACUUAAAUAUUUAUUUACCAAUAUAAAUACACCAAAAAAUUUAUCUGAUACAUCAAUUGAAAUGCAAGGAAUAAAAAGAAUGAUUAAAAUUUGGGCUAGAUUUGCUCAGACGGGUAAUCCAAAUCCGCUUGUUUUUGAAAAUGAAAAAACUACUGCUGAUACAGUGGAAUGGAAACCAGUUACAAGAGACAAAUUUAACUAUCUAAUUAUUCAACCAAAUUUCGAAUUGGCAGAAAAUCCUGAAAAAGAACGUAUGAAGUUUUGGGAAGACUCUUGGACAGAUUUGAAGAUGAAUUGAAAAUUAUUAUGUAUUUCUUUAAAUAAAUAUAAUUGUAAAUGAAGAUUGUUUUACUAAUUAAGACGAGUUUGCUUUUUAUCUGUUUGCUUUGUUUUUUGUAAUAAAUCACUUAAUUGUGUCCCAAA